AUCCAUUGGAUCGUCAGAUGCUGACCGGUUUUGAUCUGUACACUGGUCAUAGCGCAACCGGUCUGCUCACCGGGCGCAUUAUAAAGUAAAAUCACGAAAAUCACGUACGUUAAAUUCGUAAAUUCUAUCCGCAGAGGCUACAAGUCCUAACGCAAGAUUGCGCAGUGAUUUAUCGAUUAUGUGGCUCCAAUUGAGUUAUUUAUUGUGCCUCUCAAUUGCGGUGGGUUUUAUAAAGAAAGAUAUCUGUGCGGUGGCACAAAAUCCCGCUCAAACAAACAAUUCUUUACGAAUUGAUCCUCAAGUUGAAGAUGAUGAAGAUUUUGUGCCCUACCAGGGUGAACGCUUCACUGUAUUCGAUUGGAUGUUAUUUAGGAGCCUAAGUAAGACAAAUAGAGGAAAUAUAUUAUUGUCGCCAAUAUCCAUAAAAUUAGCAUUAGUGCUCCUUUAUGAGGGAGCUCAAGAUCAAACCGCACACGAACUUGCCGGAGUCCUACAACUUCCAGUGAGUCCACUGGCCAUUCGAGAGAAGUUUAAUAAUAUUAUGAAAUCUUUGCAGGCCCCGUCUCCUGCGUACACUUUAAAUCUAGGUUCGCGAAUUUAUAUCGAUGAUAAUAUACUGACCAGACAACGUUACGCAGCGACGAUAAAAACAUUUUAUAAUACUGAUGUGAUCAACGCCAAUUUGUCUGACACGCACGCAAUUGCGACUAAAGUUAAUUCUUGGGUCAAUAAUAUUACGAAUGGACAUAUUGGAAAGAUGAUAAACGAUGAAAAAGGUCUAGAGGACUCAGUGAUGCUGAUUGUAAAUGGAUUAUUUUUCAAAGGAGCCUGGCGCCGCAAAUACUUCGCUCCCGAAAAUAAUCGAGUUUCCAAAUUUUACGUAAAUGCUAACGAGAGCGUAAACGUGCCGUAUAUGCACACUAUAAGUCGAUUUUAUUAUGCCGAAUCGUCCAGACUUGAUGCAAAGAUUCUGCGAAUUCCAUACGACGGCUUAAAAUUUGCUAUGUACAUUAUACUACCGCACACGCUGACAGGUGUGGAUCACAUUGUCAACGAGAUUAAUUCGUUUACAUUGGCGAGAGAUGUAUGGGCCAUGCAGGAAUUGCCUCUUGAUGUUUGGAUCCCGAAGUUCAAGUUUGAGUUUACGAGCCAUUUGGAAAAUACUUUGCGUGAGCUUGGUAUCCGCGAUAUCUUCGACGAUACCGCGCUGCUGACGGGUAUAGCAAAAACGAGACGGGCUUCCAGACGUUUGCGGGUGUCUGAUGUAGUACAUAAAACUGGAAUAGAGAUGAAUGAAAAUGGAACGACUGCUUACGCUGCAACAGAAAUACAGAUUGGAAAUAAAAUAGAAGAAGGAACGUUCCAUGCUAAUCAUCCGUUCGUGUUCUACAUUGAAGAUGAGACCACCGGCACUAUCCUUUAUGUAGGCAAAAUUCAGAAUCCCUUGAAUAUAUCUGGAACUACUGGAAAAGUGCAGCAGGAAAACUCCGAAAUUGUAUUGAAAUAUGUCAUUAAACGCGAUAAGAAAUAUAGUGUGUCUAGAACAAUGGCUAUAAAUGCAUAUGUACGAUCUUAUUCUUGUAAUAUGAAAUCACACAUUGUAUUAAUGUCAUUUCCAACAGUUGUUCCAGCUGUACUCAGUACUGAGGAUCGAUACUCUUUUUUCAACAUCGAUCUCCUGCAGAGAGUAAACGAGAAUGUGGAGGGUAAUCUGAUACUGUCUCCUGCUAGUGCGAAAAUCGCCCUUACGAGUCUGGUGGAAGCUACGGGUGGUCGAACACGUCACGAGCUUCUUGCAGCUCUGAGAUUACCAGCAGAAGAAUAUAUCAUCAGGAGAAUAGCGGGUCGCUCUCUUAUACCGCUAAAAAGCCAACAAAAUGGCACGGAAAUCGAUGUAGCAACUCGCUUGUGGAUCAAUCCGGCUCUUGCGGCAUCUACUAAUUAUAUAACCGCCUUAAAUACUUAUUAUGGAACUGAUAUUCAACAGCUGAAUUUCGAGAAUACAAACGAUGCAGCCAAUAUCAUCAAUUCCUGGGUUCGCGAGAACACGCGGAAUAAUAUCAAGACGAUUAUUCAGCCUGGCACUCUUAGCGCCAAUACUCAGAUGCUGUUAACUUCGUCCUUGUACUUCAAAGGACGAUGGUUGAAGUCCUUCGACAAGGACGCUACCCGUGUACGGUGCUUCCAUGUUCCUCAGAGUGGCUGCCAAGAUGUUCUUAUGAUGGAGAAAUCUUCGAAGUAUCGAUAUGGCAAUGUAGCUUCUCUUGAUGCUGAUGUAGUAGAAAUCCCGUACUCGAAUGGUAGGACGUCUAUGCUGAUAUUCCUUCCGUCUCAUGAAGAGAGCGAUCCGUACCUUCAGAUUUUGUUCAAAGAUCUGUCGUAUGUACCGAUGAAAACGCUACUCACUAGUCUCAACGAAACUGAAUUAAUACUUGCUAUUCCGAAAUUUAGUAUCGAGAGUAAACUAGAUUUGCGUUCACCCUUAAUGCGCAUGGGUGUACAGGAUAUUUUUAGUUCUGCAGCAAAUUUCACUGGAAUCGUGUUCAAUGAACACUUGCUAUUAGCAAAUAUCAUUCAAAAUGCUAAGAUAGAAGUGGACGAAGAAGGAACUGUCGCUACUGCGGCGACAGAACUUGCAGUUGUACCGCUCAUGGCUAACAUGGUUCCAACUUUCAUAGUAAAUAGACCAUUUAUAUUUGCCAUUGUUGAUCUAGCAACAAGUGAGACUCUUUUCGCUGGUCGUUUCAUGGGUCCUAAUGCAGAUAACUCCAGAGGCACCAUUUAAAGAAAGGUUUAAUAUUCAUCUACAAUCAGUUUUGUACUUAAAAAGUGCUUAAAAUAUAAAGGACUUACAUAUAAUAAUGCUGCU